AUGAAUCAAGAAAAAAAAUGUAAGAAAGCUGAUGAGAAAAGAAUGAAUAUGACCAGCCGACUCAAAGAUCUGCAGAAGAACGUAGGAGAGACUGCGCUGAACACUGAGACAGAGAUGAAACUGAAAGAACUGGUGGGAAAGAUUGAAGCGAUCUUCACUCAGACUGCGACAUAUACUUGA